AUGGCAAGGUAUCGCGGUGGCCCUCGGGGACAGCCCCUUCCCGCGCCUUGGAUCGAAUCCUCCUCUUCGAGCGACCGCGAGACAACUGACGACUACGAGGACCAACAAGAAAUGAAUACCCUACAAACGAGAACUGUGAUUCCUGACUCUGAUGAUCCUGGAAGUAAUCCUUCGGAUGAUCAGGGCGAUUUAGCCGAUCAGAGCGAGUCCCAGAGCGACUCUGAGAUUGACGAUGACGAAGAGAUGCUGGAAGAUGAAGAAGGAGACGUCAUGACACCUGGUGAUGACUACGACAUGGAUGAGAGUAUUGAAGUUGGUAUUUACGGUGGAUUCUCUCCUAGAGUGCAUGGUGGAGACACGAUUGAGAAUGACCGAGAGGAACGUCCCAAGAGACAACGUUCUCUGAGCAUUCCCAUUCAUUACGAGUCACUCUUCACCACUGGAAAGCCCAUCUUCGAGCCGGAGCCGCUGUCGAUCGCUUAUGGAUGGAUGGCCAAAGGCACCAGUGAGCACAUUGAGGACCUCCAUCUUUCUGGUAUUCCAUUUUGCCACAGAGAGGUCCGCUCCAAAAUCAGGAUUGAAAUGUUGGGAGAGUACACCUGGAUCGAAGUGACUCCAAGCCAAGAGGAGACUUAUGAGAAGUACCCUGCGAUCUACGUACCAGGUAAUACCCGCACCUGGCGAAACCUCAAGAUCGGCACAAGCCUCGACCAGGACGACAUUCGUUGUAAGAUCUCCAAGGAGAUUCGAGACGAUAACCUGACCCGGCAGCCUCGAUACCCCUACGAGCCCACUUUCCGUGCUUUGGAGCAGACCCAGAAAUUCCACAGCUUCAAGGAAAUCGACAUCGUCACCGACGCCGCCACGCUUGCGCAGCUCUUGGCUUUCAUCAUGGGCGCCUCGUCGGCUCGCCCUGUGAAAGAGCCCUUCCGUCUCGAGCUCACUAGCGUGCGCAACACGCUGUUCAUCCUCCCCAGCCAAAAGCCCGGCAGCGGAUACGCAGGCCCCGCCCCCAAGAAGGUGUACCAGGAUACCGAGGCCGCGGUGCCGGCUUGGUGUGCUGAUGUCGUCGGCCACAUUUCCACCCGCGUGCCGAAGCUGCCGUACAGCGGCGGCCAUUACCGAGUCGUGCGUUACCGGUUUGGCAACGUUGUCCUUGCUGUGCGUGUCAAGGUUGACUUCGUGUAUGAGCACCGCAAGGACUCCAAGCGUACAAAUGUUGACCCGCUGCGUGAGAUUCAGCCGGACUUCAUGCCCAAGCUGGAGACGGAUGUUGCGCAGGUCUGGAAGACCACAGUCAAGAGGCAGGGCCUGGGCACCAAGCCGGCAGGGGCAGGUGUCGCUUCGGUCCGGUAUAUCUGGCAGGAACCCAAGGACAAGAUGAGAGCGCUACUUCCGCAGCUCUGGUUCUCGCGCACGCCCUUUGUUAUUGACUGUGAGGUGACCUACCCGGAUCUCGAAGUCCAGGCGGCUUCGCUCAUCAACUCCCGUGAGUACUACACCUCUUUCGAGAACGGACACCAAUCUAGUCUGCGCCGCCUUGCUGGUCUCCUGAAGCACCUGCAGCAACGAACUCGUGAGCUGGACGGCAACAUCGUGCUCAUCGCCGACCCAGUGCAGGUCUGCUUUGUCCUUCUCAAGCCUGUCAUUAAGCGGCCGGCUCUGCCGGAGGAUCUAGCCUUGAAGUUUUGGGGCCCCGAUACCGAGGAAGAGGCGCGUAAGAAGCAGGCAGCUGAGAUGGAACGCGACAGCACACCCGAAGAGGAGCAGAGCGACCUCACCGACCUCAGCAAGACACCCAGUCUGCCCCGCGGAUCAGACCUUGCUCACAUCGGCAUGUCGCAGCCCAGCAAGUCGCAGAGUAAUGUAGAGGCGACAUCCUCAUACAUGACUGGUGGCAGCCCCACUCGAGCCGACAGACAGCGUGCCCAAGGCAUCGACCCUAUCAAGAUGGUAGUCGACUGGAAGAAGUCUGUCAAGAAGCGUGCGUUCGAGGGGGACGGAACAGGACACAAGUCUGAUACCGAGAACAUGAUGGAUCACGACAAGGCUAAGAGCUUUGAUGGAUACCAGUCUUCAGGUGACAGCAUCAUGGUUGGCGAGUCUGCACACGAGCCUGGAUUUGAUGGCGCUGACAACGUCUUGAACAAAUUGGCACUCCAGAUGAACGCCUCUGAACAGCUGGAAAAUGGCGGCGGUUCUCAGCGGGAGAAGGCUCUUCAAGGCCCCAAGCCCAUUGACCAAAUCACCAGCAUGUUUCGCGACAGCGAAGUUGAGGUUGUGAGGGGACAGCAUUCCCUGUUGAUGGUGGACCGUCACCUGAUGAAGAGAACCGAUGCCUCCGACGACGAUGUUUUCUUCCCUUCCGCUCCGACCCCACCAGGUCCUUCAGAAUAUGACAAGCCGUGA